GGGCUGUACGUCGUUGAGGUUUCAAGGCUUCCAAUUUCUCGUGAACAACGGCUUUUGACGAGAUUUCUUGGUCGAAUGCGUGAAAAGCCUCAUGACUGUCCUGACCGAAGUUCUGGAUCUUUACAUUUGAGGCAUAGUGUGGAUGUAGUGUGAAAUGUGAAUUUCCCGUAUUAUAUAUAUCGCAUCAAGCUGAACAGUCUCAGAGCGGGGCACCCUUAGUGGGCGAUUGAUUGUUGAUAUGUUCCGGAAAGAGCCGUCUGCAAGGCGUUUCCCAAAUUCAGAGACAACGACACAUCCACUGGUUUUGUCACUGCUUAUGACACCAUCACCGAGUCGAAUAUCGUUGUCUUCAUUUGGGGUCCCGUCACUGAUUCCUACAAGCAGGCCGAUUCAAAUCUAAGGAAGUGUGGAGGCCAUAUCUUUUGCGACAAUUGCGGCGUAUACAACGCCAAUCUGAUUUUAACGCAAAUAGGCGUCGAACAGUCUGAAUUUCCUCGUUCUUCCACAAAGAUACGCAGUUUGAUCUGCUUCUGCUGCGGGAGUUUGUGAGGCUGCAUGUUCCUCGUCUAGCUUCCCUUUUUGACUUGAGGUAUCAAGCAAAGUUAUCAGGGCAUUUCGAUACAGCGACAGAAUCUUAGUUCAACUUGCGCAUGAAUCUAUCAUAACAACAUGACACUAAUCACAGAAUUAAGUGGGUUGUCUGUUUGAUGCUUGGGUUUUAAAAAAGCUCAGACUGAACGAUAUGCUAUUGAUCAUUUCAGAGGGGAGAAAUCGACAGGCUUCCAGAGUAUCGGAAUAUUGUACAGUUCCCAUACCAAACGAGAGGGAUAUUAUAUACACAGAAGAAACACACAUGGUGGGUCCCCCUUAGUCUCAUAGUAGAAAAAACAAGCUGAGGCUGAUUAUGAGGAAGCACUUUGUUUCAAUUCCUCCUCGGCCUUCAUCUCCUUCUCGAGGGCCGCGAAAUCACCCUUGAAGGAAUCCUGCGCGGGCUCCAACCGGACAUCCCAGACAUCCUCGCUACUGGGCCCAGUCUUGUAUUUGAUAGCCUUCUUCUGAUUAUGCGCGCGAAUGGCUUUCCUUCGCAAGUCAUCCGACCACCCGCGGGUCUUCAUGCAUAGCCAAAAAUUAUCCCAAUGUUCGCUGCAGGACCGUAAUUCUCCGUAGCGAUAGACAUUAACGAAUUGACCGCCAAAAGACUGACAGAAGAAAGCGUAAUCGAAAGUUGUUCGGCAGGACAUGCUGUCUGCGUAGAGGGAUUCUGGGGCGAUGGAGGAGGCGGGCUGUGCUAGGGGUGCGCCGGUGUCGGGAUUUGCUGGCGCAGUUGUCGAGCCAUUGAAGGCUUCCGGACCUUGUCUUUGGUUACCGGAGAGCUCGGCAUCUGCUUGUUGAAGCUCUGCGAGAAUUUGCUUGAAUUCAAGGUCGGCUUGUUCGUCCGGAGACAUUUGUUUGGGCGGUGAUGCGAUCUGAGGCCUUGAUUCGGGGACACUUGUUGUCGCAGAGGGCACCUCAUUUGGUGUGUCCUUCUGGGAACUUGAAUUCCACAGCCAGCCCAUCUUGAAGUUUGGUUAUUGUGAGAAAUAGCUUGAUCGCAAAGACGGCGACGGAACUAAGGCGCGGUUUUCGAGUGAUAAUUAGAAAUGUCACGUGCCUUACCGAUAACGAUCGACAAGCAUUAUCGAUAAGAGCGUCGUUCGACGUCAUUCACCCGCGAUCCAACGAAACCCUGAUCUUCAACUCCUGUGCCUGGCCAGAUGUGCCAUUAUUGAGAUGAGGCCUGCAAUUAUUGCGAGAGCCUAUCCGGCUGCAAGGGCUUUACAAUGGAGCCCUGCCGGCCGGUUCUACCAUCCUUCUAGCUCGUUAUCGAGAGCUGCUCUACUUGGACGAAUCUCACCAGCCUGCAUACGUUCAUUGUCAUCCAUACGGUCAGGGCAUAUUAAGCUAGAUCAAAAUGAAGGCAUUCUCUACGUGAACAAUAUCUUCCCGCAACGCUUACAAUGGUUGCUGCGGGGUCCCCUAAGCAACAUCCAGCCUCUCGAGGGUAUCUUGAGAAGAAUCAACAAUCCUGGCAUUGCCGCAUCAGAUCCAAUAACCAUCGCACAACGUGCUUUGCCAACUGGUCUCGGUCUGGAAAUCAAAGAAGUGAUACCGCGAUACAAAGAAGGAGGCGCAUUCAUCAAAUACGCCCGGAAGCCUGAUAUGAACGAUGAAGACAUCCGAGCAGCGGUGCAAGAUCAUCUGAGCAAGAAUCCGAUAAAGCCAUGGUACAAUCCAUUUCAGACCGCGGAAGUUGACCUGGUACAAGGAAGACCUUGGAUCGAAGACUUGGCAAGAAUCCCCAGCCAAUCCGUGAAAGUCGAAUUCUUGCCAGACUCUACAGAGGGCCGGGCUGUUGAAUUGACACAGGAAGCUCUAUACACCCUGUUCCGGCCCUUUGGAAAGCUACUGGAUAUCCAAUCACAACCGAGUGAUUCCAAGGUUGAGCCGAGAUAUGCCACACUGCGAUUCAGCCGACCCCGAUUCGCGGUGAUGGCAAGAAAUUGCAUGCACGGAUAUGUGGUCGGAGAAGCAGAAGGAGGAGGCAAGGCUGGUACCCGCUUCAAGAUCAACUACGAGCGCAAGAUCAAGCUGUCUAUGAUCAAAGAUUGGAUUGUCAACCACCCUCGUAUCGUGAUCCCUGCUAUAGCAGCCUUGGUGGCGGCCAUCACAGUCAUCAUUUUCGAUCCUGUCCGCACGUUCUUCAUCAAGAUCAAGGUCAAAUCUUCGCUUCAUACUGACGACAAUCCAGUCAUUCAGUGGGUUCGCAGACAAGUCAGCAAAGCCAAUAGGAUGUACUUUGGCAGCCGCCGAACGGACCCACGGGGUCUGGCCGCUAUCUGGGAAGAUCGUCAAAAUGAUAUCUCCCAGCUGCGAGCGUGGCUUACCGAGACUGUGGAAACUUUCAUCGUCAUACAUGGACCACGUGGCUCUGGAAAGCGAGAAUUGGUUUUGGAACAAGCACUGAAAGAGCACAAAUACAAGGUCGUCAUUGAUUGCAAGCAGCUACAGGAUGCUCGGGGUGACACUGCCAAGAUCUCUCGAGCUGCAGCCCAAGUUGGCUACCGACCCAUCUUCUCCUGGAUGAACAGCAUCAGCAGUUUCAUAGACCUGGCUGCACAAGGAAUGAUUGGUACCAAGGCCGGGUUCAGCGAGACCUUGGAUGCACAGCUCAGCAAGAUCUGGCAGAACACGGCUGUCGCUAUGAAGCGGGUAGCGCUUGAGGGUCGAACCAAGCAAGACAAGGAUGCAAACUUGAGCGACGAUGAAUACCUCGAGGCACAUCCCGAGAAAAGACCCGUCGUGGUCAUUGACAAUUUUGUGUAUGACUCGGAGGGUGAUAUUGUUCUUGACAAGCUCACCGAGUGGGCGGCCGGCUUGACGACAGCGAACAUUGCCCAUGUCAUCUUCCUCACCACAGACUCAUCGUUCUCGAAGCCGCUGAGCAAGGCCCUUCCGAAUCAAGUCUUCCGCACCAUUGGUCUGGGUGACUGUUCCCUUGAGGUGGGUCGUCGCUUUGUGAUGAGCCACCUCGAUACGGAAGCAGAUGGCGGUGCCGAUGGUCACAAAGAAAAGCCGUCACGGAAUCUGGCUGGGUUGGACGACUGUAUCAAGGUACUGGGUGGUCGUAUUACCGACCUUGAAUUCAUGGCACAUCGAAUCGAGGCUGGAGAAACUCCUCAAGCUGCGGUGGAUCGUAUCGUCGAUCAGUCGGCUUCCGAAAUUAUGAAAAUCUUCAUUCUGGGGACAGAUACCGUCACACCUCAAUGGACUCGUGAACAAGCCUGGCACUUGAUUAAAUCGCUUGCCCACGCUAAGGACGGUGCCCUUCUCUACAACAAGGUCCUACUCUCGGACCUGUUCAAAGACAACGGCGAGGCUACUCUCCGAGCCUUGGAGCAAGCCGAACUCAUCUCCGUUGGUUCUGUCAAGGGCUUCCCGCGGUGGAUCAAACCCGGCAAGCCCGUCUACCAAGCUGCCUUCCAGCGACUCAUUGAGAACAAGACACUCGAGGGCCGCCUUGAUCUUAUGAUUCUCGGACAAUUAAUUGGCCAGGAGAACAAGAGCAUCAGCAAAUACGAGGACGAGCUUCAAGUGCUGGGAUCACUGCCGAAGCAUCCUCGGGAGUUGACGUCUCGUAUUGAAUGGCUUCUACGCAAGAUCCAGGGUUCGCAGUCUAAAAUUCUCAAGUACGAGCAUGAUAGUGCAGCUCUGACCAAGAUGUUGCAAAGCGAGAAAUAGGCAGUUGCUUCGCUCGGUUUGGUGCUCACGAGACUGUGCAAGUUACUUGUAUGUUCAAGGUCGAUCUGUUAUGUACAUUGAUGCAUCUCCUAUCAAAUUUUCUUUCGAAAUAGGGGUUCUUUUACGCUCUACCACUCUCUCGGCAUUCUCGCUUGGCUUAGUUUACCUACGUAUUGAUUAGCAAGCAAGUAGCCUUUGUACCAUAACUGAAUUUUAAAUGUUUCCAGUGCGACUCUCAAGGCAUCCAAAUUAUAC